AUGUGCAACUCAUCCUGGCUUUCCAUUUCUAUAAAGUAUGCGGAUAUCGGACACAGCGACAGAUCAACCUCCUCCAAGUCUUCUGUUAACCAGAGAAUCUUGACGAUGAAAAAGCUAUGGUGGUGCUGCUUCGCUCGUGACCGGGUCAUAUCCUUAGGCAUGCGUCGGCCAGUGCAAAUUAAAAUUGACAACUGCCCGUUUCUGAAGAGAAAACUCUCCUUGUGUGAUUUUGAAGAUGAAAUGAGUCAGUCAGAGGCCUACGGCUAUGAUACAAAAAAGGCCCUUGCGAGUAUCUUCCUUGCGCAAUGCGAUUUCUCCCAUGUUGCAACAGACCUCCUCACCUUGGUCUACCCUGAACAACCCAGCUCGAAGAAAGGCGAUUUUCGUCAAGCUCACAUCAUGUUUCAAGAAAUGAUGGAUAUUCAGCUAAAACUUUCGGCCUGGUAUCUUGAAUUUGCUACCUACACUGGAGGCGACGGGUACAAUGUUCACUAUUCUUCACGACUUUUCUCGUCCUUGCUUUCAAUGUACUACCAGUCAGCUCGAAUGGCUCUAUGCAACCACGCCAACCGUCUGAUUGCAGACUACGAUUUGUCAGAAUUUCUACAAGCAACAAUAAAGUCAUAUAACGCAGAGCUCUGUGACGCGGUUACCGACAUGACAGAAAGUUUCAAGGACCUCGCUGAUGCUAACAUGGUGAAAUAUCUUCCUGCAAGCGCGCUGAACCAGUCUGGCAUGUACGGUAUUCCCUCUGAUUCUAUGGGGAACGAACGUUCUCCUCUCUUCAACGCCCGCUGA